CCCACUUCUACGGAACACUGUGAGGGAAAGAGAGAGAGAGAGAGAGAGAGAGAGCGCUAACCGUUCAACCCCAUGGCUACGGCCGAAACGGGUGGCGAUCGUCCGUGCGACCACACCCUGGACCUCCCCGAUGACUGCCUGAUCGUUGUAUUCAACUUCCUCGGCACCGGCGACCGCAACCGCUGCUCCCUCGUUUGCCGCCGUUGGCUCGUCGUCGAGGCUCGCAGCCGCCGCCGUCUCUCCCUAGACGCCCGGGCGCCCCUCCUGGAGGCCGCCCCCGGUCUCUUGGCUCGCUUCGACGCCGUCUCCAGCCUCGCCCUCCGCUGCGACCGCCGCUCUGAGAGCAUCGGGGACGACGCCCUCGACCUCAUCGGCCGCUGCUGCUCUGCCCUCGCCCGCUUCAAGCUCCGUGCCUGCCGUCGCGUCACCGAUCUCGGCGUAUUCGCUCUCGCUGGCCACUGCCCGGCCCUCCGCCGCUUCUCCUGCGCCUCCUGCUCCUUCGGCCCCGCCGGCAUCGAAGCCAUCCUCCGCGGCUGCCCCUUCCUCGAGGACCUCUCCGUUAAGCGCCUGCGCGGCCUCGCCAACGCCGAACCUGAGGCCCUCGGUCUCCCGGCCUCCUCCUCCGCCCUCCGCUCCAUCUGCCUCAAGGAGCUCUACAACGCCCAGCUCUUCACCCCGCUCAUCGCUAGCUCCCCCAAUCUCAGAACCCUCAAGAUCAUCCGCUGCUCCGGCGAAUGGGACCUCCUCCUCGUGGAGAUCGCUGGACGGGUUCCCCAGAUUGCCGAGGUCCACCUCGAGAAGCUCCAGGUCAGCGACCGCGGCCUCCUUGCCCUCUCCUCCUGCCUGGCUCUCGAAGUGCUCCACCUCGUCAAGACCCCCGAAUGCACCGACGCCGGGGUUGCCGCUGUCGCUGAAAGAUGUCGCCUCCUCCGUAAGAUCCACAUCGACGGGUGGAGGAUGAACCGGAUCGGCGAUUAUGGUCUCAUGGCCAUCGCGAGGGGCUGCCCCGAAUUGCAGGAACUCGUCCUGAUCGGGAUCAGUCCGACGGGGGCGAGCAUGGAUCACAUCGCGAGCAGUUGCCGCGGUCUUGAGCGCCUGGCACUAUGCGGCUGUGAGACCAUUGGCGAUGCCGAGAUCGCUUGCAUCGCUGCCAAGUGCACAGCUCUGAAGAAGCUGUGCAUCAAAGGGUGCCCGGUCUCAGACCGUGGCUUGGAGGCACUCGCCGAGGGGAGCCCUAGCUUGAUCAAGGUAAAGCUGAAGAGGUGCCGGGGGGUGACGCUGGAGGGCGUAGAGUGGUUAAUGGCCGCCAGGGGAGGGCCGCUAGCUGUCAGCUUGGAUGCAGUCGAGCUCCAGGAGCCGCAUGUGAGCAUGUGCGAGACUGGGAUUCAGGAAAGUGGGAUCGAGGAGCUCUCUGCUCUCACGGAUGACAUUGCGACGUUAGAUCUUCCUUCAAGCAGUAAUGAUCAACCCACACUGUCAAAAUCGCGGGUUAGGAGCUUCUUGGCAUCUGCUGUCAGAAAAUGGUCGAGUGGGGGUGGCAAUUCUCACUAGCCCUGAAAGAAAUGAGCAGGAUGUGAACAUGACUGAAAGCGGGAUGGAGGAAAACGAGGUAGAGGAGAUUUGCAAAUGUGCUCCCUUCGAGCAAUGAGGAAUUCCUUAGCAUCCACUCUCAGGAAAUUGUCGGGCAGGAGCGGUGAUUCUCAUGAGCCAUGAAAGAGAAGAUCUCUUUUGCUGCUUGUGUUGAUCUUCAGCUAUCCAUGCAUCUAUUGGUGACUCGAUUAAAUUUUUCAUGACAAUGAUAGUAUUGUUGUUGUGCGUAUUGCUGGUUUUUAUCUGUAUAUUUCUUUUCUUUGGAAUGAUAUGUUGUCAUUUGUCUGUUUAGGAUGUGUUACAUGAAUCUUUAGUUGAGCCCAUUGAUCUUUAUGUGCAACUUGUUCCAUUCUUUCUUAGAUGAUCAGUGCUUGUGGAUAACUUUCUCGACCUGUCUGUGGCUUACAUCUCUCGAAUACUUGUCUUGAGAUUCCGUGGCAGUGAUGAGGUCCAUGCGGAACCCAACUGUUGCCAUGUCGUUCUCCAAUAACAAUACAGAAGAUAUAUCGGAAAGAAAAGAACUGUUGAGGUCGGUCGACUGUUGAAGCUCUCUUAGAUAUCGGCGGCGACGGUCGAACGAAUUGUUCUCGAAUUCUGCUGUCUCAAAUUCGUGAAUGCUGACUUGGGAGUCACUGAAAGCUAUGGAGCUUCCAUAUCAGUCCAUGAUCAACCCACCCCGCACCAGUGACAUCACAGCCACCAUGAUGACCGGAGUGGAACGGCUGACAUAAUUUGUUGACUGGAAAUUGGUGGUCUGAACCCUGCAAGACACUGUGUGUCUUUCCUGAUCACUUGGUUCUGACGUCGACUUUGGCACUCAGGCACUUGGAAACAUAUGUACAUUAGCAAUGGCAAUCUGCCUAACUCACACGACCCAAUUCGAUCAUCGAUCAGGCUGGGAAUGAACGUAUGCGGAAAAAUCUUUCCAAGUUUCCUGUCAAGUGAUGUUAGAGUUUUGUUAAUUUGUUCUCCGAUUAUUAUGUUGGACAAAGUAGUCGAAUCAUAUUAGAAUAUAUAUAUAUAUUUGCUGAUA